CGCAGCUCUGACAUUUGUGCAGUCCUUUCAUGCUCAUCAGAUACUCAAUGUCUCACUAUCACAUGAAGAUCACACUUGCUCACUUUAACUAAGGAAACAGCAGCAGAAUUUGAUUAUAAGUAGAUCCCUCAACAUCCUCUUUUCUGAUUUUUGUUUGUUUAAGAAGAAUUUUAAAAGAAAAAACUUUUUGGAAAGACUUUUGGACCACAUUACAGCUGCAUGCGGGGGCCAGCAGCUCGGGAGCGAUGUCAUCUCUACUUUCUCACAACAAAGAUCAGCCACGCAUCAGAAAGUCGCUCUCUGACUCCUCUCCAACUUCAUCCGCUGCCACCACCAAGAGCCUGAGGCACGAGAGACUGUCUAGAUUGAGCUCGUCUGGAUCCUCUGACGUCUCCAAUGACGCAUCAACCAACCACGCCGAGUCUUACUUCUUACGGCGGGAGAACCGGCUGUCUGCGAGGAAAAGGGCAGAAGAAGAGUCAACAAACAAUGACUAUAAAAAGAUGUAUGAAAAGGCACUGGCCACCAAUCAAAGGCUCAAGUCGAGGCUGGAAACAAGUAAACAGGAACUGGCCAUGAUUCUGGACCAGCUGCAGAGAGCACAGAGGGGAGGAGAUUGUGGCUCCAACAUGCUUGAGACAGAACAAAAGGAAAGUUGGAGUCUAAAAAAGAGGAUAUCAGAUAUGGAAGACCAGUUGAAGGUGAAAGCAGAGCUGAAGAUGGAGAACCAGAGACUGAAGGACGAGAAUGGAGCUUUAAUCCGGGUCAUCACUAAACUGUCCAAGUGAGACAGGAAGCAGGAAAGAUGAGAAGAAGAGCGACGGACACCAGAAGCCAUUUCUGUACCUGCAUUCAUCCUAUCCUCAGACAGACUGCAUGUACAUAUAGUUUUCCAGUAAUGUUGGAAACUUGAGUCCUUUGUCUGUUGAGUAACCAACAUUUGCAGGGAUUAAGACACAUUUUACAUCAGUUGUGAAGGCUUCAUGUUAUUGUACUGUAUCUAAAGUAGAAGCACAUUCCCAGACAGAGAAUACAUUAAAUUAAAAUUAAUUUUGUAUAUUCAUAAAAUAUUUCUACAUAAAGACAAAUGCCAACACGA